CUGUGCACUUGGUCAUUUCACCAAUUCGCUAAUUCGGCCAAAUUUUCGUAAAAAUUCUGACCCCAUAAUUUCCACCAUUUUGAAGGGAAAAUGAAGUUGGGGACACUUAUUUUGGUCGGGAUUUGGGUCUCAUUUGUGACCCCCCAGCAAAUCCCCCCUAAUCUCGACUGUGACACCUAUUUUGGCGACACUCCGACUCUUUUUACAGCCCAAAUGACCAAAGUCGUUAACACGAAUUAUUACAAAAUAACGCUGACUAAUAAAGGGACUCGUGAAGAUUUGACCUUAUACCAAGAUUUGGACACCUUAUCGGCCUUGAUGACUAUCCAAGAUAAGCCCAGCAAAGGGACAAGUUCUCUUGCCUGUGACGACGAAAUGUUCCCUUGGCUGACCCCUUUCACCGUGGGGGGAAAGGACUGCAGUUUUCAUGAGAAUCUUUGGCCUCCCAUAAAUUCGCAGGCCGUGAAGAUCACCAUUUACCAGCACAUGUACUCCAAAUUUUCUCAAGAGGAAACUUUAACGUCGCAAUUAGGAGCAAGUUUCCAGUUAAACCCGGAUAACGCCUUGACCCCAGUUUUACUAGGGAUUAAGAACGGCGUGGGACAGUUUGACCACGUUUUGAACACCGUGCCGGUCUGGAAAUCGGUGAAAACUUUGAUUGAGGAAGUAGAAAGGAAACUUGUCCAACUUGGGGGGCCUAACGGUCCGGCAAUCUUAUCCGUAGCGGAUGGCACUCUUGAAUUACCCGGGAACAGUGGGAGAACCCCCGUUUUCCUGAGUGGCGAAUUUGACGAGGUCGUGCAAACCAGUUAUGACCGUAUCGGCGUACCAAAUCGGAUUUGGAAAAUCGCCCAAUCCUCUGAAACCCAUCGAUGCGGCGUUUCCAUUGCAAUUUCGAACUGUUACGGCGAAAUCUGCAGCAAUGACGAUGACAUUGUUGGAUGCACCGUGGAAAAUUGUGUGACAUAUUUCGGCUCACCAUUUUCCCAAAUUUCGAAACAUUGCUGUGGAAAUUUAACCAUUGCGGAAGAAAUGAUUGCCAGGAUUGAUCCAAGUUUUGUCCUUUUUGAUGGCGAGUGUGAGCCAGAAGAAGUGUCUACUACAACAGAGGGCAGGGAAGAAUUCGAAUGACGGGCUUCUUAUACUAGUAAAUUGUUGGUCAUGAAUUAUUUGAAAAUUAUGAAAUGGGGAAAAUUAAUAAAUACUUUGAGUUACUCAUUUACGUA